ACAAUAAUGCAACAAAAACAGGACUAGUGUAAGUGUUAAUACUGUGGUAUUGGAAUUGUGUGUUCGUUUAGUGAAGAAUAAAUUAUUUUCAUAAUACACAAUUCUGAAAAAAUCAUAGAUCUCAAAAAUUAAAUAAUGUGCUAAUUUUUUUUUAACUUCCCUGUUUAUAAAAAUUUGUUCAGGUUAAAAAGAAGAAAAGUACAGAAGUACAACUUUAUGUACUAUAUUCAUUAAUACUUGUUAACUUUAUUUGGUUAUGUGCACAAUGCAUGAGUGUAUUAUUCAUGCUUAGUAAACAUCAACAAACAAAGUUAAUUCCCAAAAAAAGGUGUUACAUCUUAGAAACAGAAGUAUAUCAUUUUAAAUUAGAAGGCUGGACAAUUUAUAUUGUAACUGAUUAUAAUAACUGCUUAUUGACCUUUGAUUCACAAGGUUUUUCUUUUACUUUCUUUUGCUUUUAGAAUUUAAACACUACUUUCUUUAAUCCCUGGUGGUGUCUUUGCUCUUGUUCUAAUUUUAUAAUUAGAAUGAAAGUAAUAUUACAGAAAGAACAUCACUUUUCUUUCUGCUGUAACUUAUUAAUUGUUAAAGUUUGAAGUUGUAACAUCAUAUUUUAAGUAGUAAAAUUAAAUGUUUUAGAAAAAUUACAAUAAAAAAAGUGUGUACUGGUUUAAGUUAUAAUUUGUUGAGUUUUGUACUUUUGGUUUGUUUAGAAAUGCAACAAAUUUCUGAAAAGAUUGAUAUGUUUUGUUGAAAACAACUACUAUGGCUGCUAGAAAUGCCAGCACAAAAAAGACAGAAGAGAAGAUAGAAGAACUUGCAAUGCCAAUGUUUUUGGGUGAAAUUGUCCUUGCUAAAGCAAAUGUUAUUCGCUAUGAUAGUAUGUCAAACAGAAGCUGUGGUGCUGUGGGAACAUUGUUUAUAACAAAUUUUAAAGUAGGAUUUACAUCUUCUGGUAAUCCUGAAUCGCACGAAUUAAAAAAAGUGAGCUCCUUUGCUGGUUUAGAAAAAUUGUUAUGUGUUGAUCAGACUGAUUAUGACCUUAUCCCACUGACGGUCAUACAUCAAGUUUAUGCAGUUUCAACAUCAAAACAGAAACGUAAAAAAGUUAAACAUGUACAUAAAAAAGAAAUUUCGUCAGAUUAUGACAUUAUAGAAAUUGAAACCAAAGAUUUUCGAGUUAUACAAUAUGACUUUAAGUUUGCGCGACAACAAGAACGUCGUUCUUGCUUCCAGAUUAUCAUGCAUCACAUGUAUCCUACAUUUGUGACAAAUUUGUUUGCAUUUGACUAUGGGAAGAAUGUGUGGAAAUCUGCAAAUGAUAGCAGUGGCCGGGCUUUCAGUUCUUUUCGAAAUAAAAAAGACUACGAAAUGAAUUUGAGCAGAUUGCGUUGUUCAGAGAACUGGAGAGUAUCGUCUAUAAAUUCAAACUUUGCGUUAUGUAAAUCUUUACCAGAACUUAUAGUAUGCCCAGCAUCAUUGGACGAUAAGAGUAUUGAGAAAAUUGCGUCUUCGUAUGAACAGAAUAGACUGCCGGUGUGGUUGUGGAGUGAUCCAAUUUCUGGGGUAUCGUUAUUGCUAUCGGCGGGAUUGUCCAGUGAUGAGAAAAAGACUGAAGGCCAUCCUACAGAACUACUCAACAACAUUAGCAGUUGCCAAACGAAAGAAGGCUCCAGUAAAACAACUUCCUGUGAUGUUUCGACCUCGUGUCCAUCUUUAAAAGAGUUAAAGCACAGCCUGAAUGUUCUGCGGAAAUCUUGUGUUGUUCGCUCUAUAAAAGCUUUUUGGUCCACUGACACAACAUGGUUAAGUAGCAUUGAGGAUUCUGGAUGGAUACAGCGUAUUGCAACGUGUUUAGAUUUAGCCUUAAGAGUGGUAAAGCUUAUGAAAGACGCUCAUACAUCUGUCAUCAUUCAAGAUGCAGAUGGUCGAAACUUUUCCAUCCUCAUUUCAUCAUUAGUACAAGUACUGUUAGAUCCAUACUACCGAACGCAUUUAGGUCUUCAAGCUCUGAUACAAAAAGACUGGGUUACAAAAGGUUUUCCAUUUUCGAAACGCUUAGGUAAUUUAUAUCAACCGCAGAACGAAAAUAGCAAAGAACAAACUUUUGAUGGAGAGAGUCCUUUGUUUUUACUAUUUUUGGAUUGUGUACAUCAAAUUUUAAGACAGUAUCCGCAAAAAUUUGAAUUCAACGAACAAUUUUUGAUCCUGAUGAUAGAUUGUUCGUACUCGUCUUUGUUUGAAACAUUUUUAUUCGAUUCCGAAGCAGAAUGGAAAACGCUGACCGAAAAGGCGCAGCUGGUGACGACAUGGGAUUUCAUUUCAACAAAUAUACCAACGUUGAAGUUCAACACGGUGCUUAAUAAUCCAGCCUACAAACUAGAAGAAAGUGAUAAUGUUUUGUUGGAUGAUCAGGAAUCGCUGUCGUCUGUUAAUUCUUCUGAAGGACAGGCAGGUAUUGACGUCCUGUUACCAUCCACAUCAUUGUCAGACUUACACGUGUGGAAUGGGUUUUUCUUUCGUUGGUUUCCGCGUACAGAUCGCCAUAAGGGUUCCAGUGUAGAGGUGAUGUUACAGUUGCAGCAAAGACAGUUUAUGGAGGAGGUGCAUUAUUUGCAAGAUCGUUUAUUGCAGCUUCAACACAUGACUUCAAGUGCGAGCACAAAAGGAGGUCAUUUUAGGACAGCUUCUGUUCUGUCAGCAGACAGCAGCACAUCGAAUCGAACGAACACGUUAACGCGUAGAAAGAAACACACACGAAAUACCAGUAAAUUCACUCACAAUGAAGAAUUUCGAGAUGAUUUUCUUCAGUUAAUGUCAGGAUUUUAUUUUUUAAAAAUGUUAUAGGUAGUUGUUAUUAUUAUUUUUUUUUCACUUUUUUUUGACAAUUAUACUGCGAAAAAUACACACCGCACUAAUUUCAAUGGCUCAACGUCCAUCAACCAAGAAUACUUAGGGAAUUAUAUUUUUCUCGGUAGAGGAAACUUGGAAUCCUGAGAUUUGUUUUUAAAUGUUUUUUAUCCUAUUUCAUCUUAUUUUCUGUUUAACAGAAAUACUGUUUUGAUGCUUCAUGCCCAAUCCGAGCCGCCCACCGCUUUUCUGUUUUUAUCUAAGUACGCACUAACGUUUUCCUGCACAGCAUAGCAAAUAUUUAAACAGGCACCUUUUUUAAGUCUCAAACAGAGAAAAACUCGACUGAAAGAAUAAUGAGAAGUAAUUAAUAAUUGCUUGUACAUUUUUUGCUUUUAAUAUAAUUUAUAUUCUACAAUGAAUUUUGUAAUUAUAUUUUUUGUAGUCCGUUCGCGUAAAUAUAUAUUUUGUCAACACAACUUUUUCUAAUAUAUAGAAUAUAA